AAUUGAUCUUUAAAAUGUUAUUAUUGUGUCGAUCAAAACAAACCCGAAUGCCUACACCCCCCACGUCCUAUCUCUGAGAAGAAGGAACUGCCUUAUUGGGAUACAGGCGCACAAAGCGACGGGUGCGGGGCCAUCUGCCGCUGUCAGGGGAGGGGUUCCAGGCGGCGGCACGUUACCAUGGCAACACCGGGGGAUUUCGUGGCGUUCUUUGGAGUUUCUCUCGUUUUUUUGGUUCGGAUGAGAGGCAGCUGUUAGUGCAACACUCGGAAAGCAAAAUGGAAAGCAAAUAUAAAUAAAUUACUCGAAACAGAAGUAGCAGUUCCUUGGACUGCAGCGUUACAUGCCGGAAGAUCGUGAGUAUAUAUUUUUUUCAGAAAGUGGCGAAAGUCUCCUCAACGGGCGAAUGGAGGAGCAGUUGGUCUGUGAAUAUAAUGAGAGCCGCGUCAAUCACCGGGGCUCCCUCGUGCUUCCUUUUUCUUUCGUUUGAAGAGAACGUUCCCCGGGAAUCAUGGAACGUUCCCCGGGAAUCGUGGAACGUCCUGAAUUGAAAUGACUACCUUGUGCUGACAUUGAUCAAGUUAAGUCGUAUUGAAUCGAUUAGAAUACAAUCUUCUUAGAUGUGAAGGUUAAAUGGGUCCGAUUAGCAGCAUGUCUUCAAUGAAGAAAGCAGAGACCUCAGGCACAGGGGAGCCUUGCAGCUUGAAUUCAAAUUGUCCAGUAGAUGUUCUUCCAGAGGUGACAGGUGGCUCUGGGUCAGGAGCUAUUCUUGUAGAGAAAGGAAUGACUGAUGAUGAGGAGCUUACAAACCUGAAUUGGCUUCAUGAAAAUAAAAACCUAUUGAAAAACUUCAGUCUUGGCAGUGAGAUGCUACGUAGUGUUAGUCCUACACGUGAUGUCACUGAAGAAGACACUUCGCCUUUGCCACUCUCUGAUUCACUGAAUAAUGAGAAGCGUGGAUUGAACUCCAAGCCUCCCUAUUCAUUUAGCUGCCUUAUUUUCAUGGCGAUUGAUCACUCUGCCAGAAAAUGUCUGCCAGUCAAGGAUAUCUACAAUUGGAUAUUGGAACGUUUUCCAUAUUUUACCAAUGCGCCCACUGGCUGGAAGAACUCUGUAAGGCACAACCUUUCCUUGAACAAGUGUUUCCGGAAAGUGGAGAAGGGUCAUGGCAAGACUGUUGGGAAAGGCUCACUGUGGUGUGUAGACCCACAGUACAGGCCCAACCUCAUUCAGGCUCUAAUGAAGACUCCAUAUUAUUCAACAAUGCAAAUCUUCUACACACCACCAGCCUCUCCUCCAAGUGCAUCACCACCUCCUCACCACCUCACAUCAACAUCACCACAGCUCCGAGACAGCCUACAGAAAAGUUCUGAUAUUGAUGCUGCCACUGCUAUGAUGUUGCUGAAUUCUUCUCCAGAACAAAGACUUCCUCAGUGUAAUUCUUCUCAGCAACACAGUCCAGUGCUAAGCAGAAAACGUAGCCACAAACGUGCAUUUUCAAAGCUUGCCCCUCUUACAAUGAAAAUGCCUGAAACCACACACAGAACAAGAGAGAAUGUGGAAAUUUCUCCGUUACAGAAAGCUGGCAAAAGUCUAUCUGGCUUACCAAUUAUCAACAAUGAUCCAAAGGAAGAUCACAAUUACAGUGCAAAUGGAACAGUCUCUCUUCGCAGUGAAUCAAGGUCUAGUGUCUCAUCCUUCUCCUCAGUGGAGGAAGUUUAUGAAUUUAUUCCAAAAGCUAGCCGUCAGGGAAGUGAUGGAAGUGAGGGUUUCCAUAGUGAUGAAGAGUCUGAAGCGGAUGAUUGUGAGAAUGAGUCAAAUGACUUGCUAGGUGCCAGUGCCUCUAAUGUGUUGCAUUCAGCUGGAAAUAGCUGCAGAACAAUGCAGCAUGAAGUUGAUGAAGAACUGAAGGAAGCUGCUGGUUCACUUUUGCAUCUUGCUGGACUCUUUAGUCAGUAAACCAGGAAAAAACAGACAAGAAAAACAUUGUGCAAAAUAGCUGGUCUCCUUUCUUGUCUCCCAUUGUGCGUCAAUGUGGCAAUAUUCUUCAAUGAAAUCCUUCUCAAAUGGAAGAUAAAAGCCAUACAAAGACAGAAGUGUUUGUCCUUCUGCGUAAACUGCCAUAUGUUUGCACCUUUUCUGAAAACAAGCAGCUCUCUUUAGAGUUGUAUCAAUUCUUUAAAUGUGGACUCCUAAAGCACCUAUUGAUUGCUGCAAGUCCACAGCACAUGCAGUGAAUCAGUCUGCAUGUCACAAUAGGUGUUUAAACUUUCAUUGGUUAAAACUGCAACCGAGUGCAAAUUGAGAUUUUUUUUAGGAAAAAUUUGAAUAGGGUUGAAAAGGGGUGGUGGGGCUUUGCAAUACUUUAGACAUCUUGGAGAUUGUAAACAGUAUUUUCUAAAACUAGCAUGUUGGUAAAGACACUUAAAAAGUUACCAUCUCUUUUUUUUUCCUUUUUCAAAUAUGCUUCUCUUGGUUCCUAGUGAACACAGAAUUGUUGCCAGUGGCACAUCACAGCUAAGUAACCCUCGAUUGGAAACAAACCUCUCUAAGGUGCUGGCUUCACUGACAUGAGCAACCAUCAUUAAUCACCAUUCUUUAUGCAUAGAUUAACUCAACUAGUCAUAUGACUGUGUGGGAUAUCACAGCAAAGUUCAUUUCCUAUAAACAUAGAUUACUGUACACAUUUUCCAACGUGCAAUGCUUUGUGUUGGAAAGUGGUUAAUUUUUCCCCCAUGUACAGCAACUUAUGAUAUCUCUUAGCUGCUGCCCAGGCUGCAAUUGAAUGAAUUCAUGAAGAUUGUGAUGUCGCUGCACUUUACAAUGGAACAAAGUUGAGAUUGCUAUGCAGUUUAUUAUAAUUUUUUUAAAAAUGUCAUCACUUGUAGUCAUGCUUCCAUGAUCUUAUUAGACUGUGUUGGCUAUUUGCAGAAAUUAUUACUGGGAGAAGAUUGGCUGUAUAUUUUAAAUUGUUCAAACGAAAAUCUCAGUUGGAUAUGUUAAACUGGAAAUGCACACCUGCAAGUCAUAUGAUAGCACAGCCCAGUAGUGACUGUAUUGAAAAACAUUACUGUAUGGGUCAUAUCAAAGAGGAUUAGAAUGCCUUUACUAGUAAGCAAGCAGUACCUCUUAACGUGGUGUGUAAUUUAGAAUUAAAAUCAGCAUGUAAAACAAAAGCAACAUACUACCAAUUUUUACAUUUUAAAAAAUUAUUUUAAAAAGUUGAGGUACAUUCUACUGAAUCCUAAAAUUCUAAUGCUUAUGGUAAUGAUUUAUGACCUCUAAAUCCACUGACCAGAGUAGGAUUUUGUAAUUCAUGCAAAUGUACUUAUUAAUUUUGCUUCUUAAUUAUGUUCUUCUUUGAAAAUGUUAUUUCUUCUACACCACACCAUUACAGAUACAGAGUUGGCCAGCUGUAAGAUAUUAACCUUUACUAAUACCCGAAAUAGUGUGAAAUAAGCAGAAUUAAUCCCUUACUGGAGUUUUUCAUCUUCACCACAAUAGGAAACCACCAAUGAAAAAUAAUUUUGCUACAAAGCAUUUAUACUAUAUUGGGACUGUACUAUUUUGUGCAAAUUUUAACGUAUCCUUUAUUUGGAUUGUUGAUCAUGUCUCAAGUUAUGCAACCCUAUAUGGUGUUAUUUGAAUUUUUUUUAAUGUGCGCAAUAUUCAAUCAGUCCUACUAAAUGGCAAAGGCAGAACUUUUUUGUGGUUGUAUGUUAUUGGGAUUGUUGAACCAGGAACUGCUGAUAGACUGCUAAUCCACCUUUGCUGGAAGCUCACUUCGCAAUGUACAUUAGGAGACUUUUAUAGUGAUCCAUUCUUGUAAAAUUUUUAGUGUUAUGCAUUGUUAAUGUGCUAUUGCUGAAGCAGGAUCUUUGGAAAAAUAUAACAGUAAUGUAAAUCCAUACUUUUUGAUAUGUUUGAUCAUUAUGGGCAGUACUAAAUCCAAGCGUGAGGGGUUAAAUUUUACCUACAGGCUAUCAGGGAACAAAUGGGUGAAUGAAGGGGAAAGAAGUGAAUAAUUAAAUUGUAGCCUGCUUCAACAUACUGUUCAGUCAGAAUCCUAUCUGCAUUUGCACAGUGAACUCCAACUGUUUCAGUGAGGAACACAGCAAGUUGAAGACCUCGUAAACCUGUGCUUACCUAUGUCAACUUGGGUUUGAGUAGGGAAUGUACUGCAACUUCCUAAUCUUGAGAUUCAGAUCAAUAGCUGUCAGGUGGAAUGAGAGACCUUUCAAGAUAAGGUCAUAGUCUUUCCUUUGUGAAGUAAAGAGCAGUAGGAAUUAUUGUAUGAAACAUGUUGGUUUUGUUGCCCUAUACUCCAUUCCCCAACUUUCCCAGAGCCUGUUUGCCCUGAUUUGCCCUUUGAUGAUAAGCCUACAAUUACUGCCUACACUGGCAUUUUGCUGAAUGAAGCUCUAUUUUAUCUGCCAAAUAGCUUCUACUUUUGCCCAUUUCAGAUUGGCAACCAAGAAGCACCAAGCAGAUGAGGUAUAAGAGCUUUUUUUGAAACACAGCAUUGAAAUUUGAGCCUGUGAGUGUAUUUUGCAAUUUUUUUGCAAAAUUGAAUGGGAAUCAAAAUUGAUAUUAAAGGGACAUUUUAUAUCCACAUUAUAAAAUCUCUCUGGUUGCACAUACAAAUUAAUAUUUUAAAAAGAGAAUACAAAAUGCCAGAAGCAAUCAGCAAAUCAGAUAGCAUUUGUAGGCAAUCACCAGAAGUAAAUAGUUAAUUUUGCUUCUCUCUCCAGAAAUGCCAGUUGACCUGCUGAGUAUUUCUAUAAUUUUUUGUUUUAUUUCAGAUUAAAAUUCCAGCAUGUGCAUCUUUUAAUGAGUUAACAGUUCAAACCAUUCACCUUCCAUCAGCACUUCUGAUGAAAGGUCAUAGACCUGAAACACUAACUAAGUGGAUUUCUUUACAAAUGUUGCCUGACAUACUGAGUAUUUCCAGCAUUUUCUGUUUAUAUGUUGAAUUUCCAACAGCCACAGAAUUUUCUCUCUCCACACGAGGUGUUUGCUGCCAUUGCUUUUUUGUUAUCAGUUAAUGUUCUUAGGCCAUCACAUCAGGUCUCUCUCUCUUAGGAGGAAUUACAUUGAAAUUGAUACACACGGAAAGCUUUUCUGAAGUUGCAGCAUUUAGUCUUGGAUGCUUGUGAUUCAAAUGUGUACUUAAUGGUCUGUUUUAUGUAAUCGUCCUUUAUUGGACCAUUUAUUUUCUCCUUUAUUUUUUCCAUACUAUUUUCUGAUCCUGUGUAUUUUGGAGUUCUGAAGAGUGAUGCUUUUUGGGAAAGAGGUAAUGAAGGUAGUAUAAAUAUGAUUUUAAAAAAGUUUUUUCAUUUAAAAGAGCAAAGGGCAACUGCCACAAAAUUAAUCUGCUUUCUUUUGGUCUUGUAGGAAUAUAUAAUUUAUAGUACAGAGAAAAAGUUAUUUGCCAAUACUGAAGAAUAUUAUAAAUUUCUAAAUAUUUUUUCUCAUUUUGGAAAAAAACAUAUUCAAUAUUCAAGCUGAAAGUUUUUCCAGUGAUUUCCAUAUGGGUAUAAGGUUCUGAAAUCCUCUCAGGCCAGUAAAAAAUACACUGUGUUCCUUGGCAAAGGUGAUGGCUUCAUGUUGCAUUGUAUGAACUAUUACACCAUGUAUUCAGGGUGCUCAGCAAUUGACAAUUCCUGUUGGUAAAUUGGUAUAUCUUAAUUGUUCACCAGUUUUCACAAAGAAAUCCAUAGGGAGGCAAAUUAUAUGUGUGAAAAAUUCAUCUUUUGGUUCAUAGGGCUAAGCAUGAGCAAGAGUAGCAGCCUCAGGUUACAUACUCCCCUGCAUAUUCAGUCCCUUUUGUGGAAUACAGCUAAUUACUGAUAUUCUCUCGUGUGUUUAGUGCUGUGACCAAUGACUUUUCUCCUACAGAUAAUGCUAUAGGAUAUGUCCAUUAUACUAUUUAUUACAUAAUGGCGUAUUUUGCAUGCAAACCAACACAACUUUAAAGUCUGCUGGAAUGUCUGCUUGAUUUUUAUUUCCAUAUUUUUCCUCUGCCAAAUUGAGGUCUCCAACAACUUUUGCCACAGAUCAGAGGCUAAGUGGCGUAACAGCUUUCAUGUCCCAUAUGAUGGAGGGAAAAGAGGGUAGAGCAAUUUUUUAAAGUUCUUAAUGUUGUUGAGAUUACACAGUGGAUAUUUUGCACUAGUUGGUAUCAUAGUCUUAAAACAUUCCACCCGGCUAUUACAGGUUGAAUAGGCCCAUGCAAAUACACAGGCUGACAAUUUAGAAUGUGACCAUGUAGCUACAUUGUUCAUUAAUUUAUUUUCUCAUAAGAAAAUUGUAACAUGUAUACUAUCACAUUUUCUCUGUAUAGCUUUUACUAUGUAAACAUUAUUUAAUUAAAUAUUUUGCUGAAUUCUCCAUUUCCCCAGCAUCCUAAAAUAUCCAUUUAUUAACAAGAAACUAUAUUUGAAGGACUAUUAUUUUCACAUUUUUUCCAUUUCUUCUGUAUAUGGCUCAAUACACUUUUUAAAAGGAAAAUAAAUAAUUAUCAGUUUAAAUUUACUUUCAUUAUAUGGGUUAGUGAGUAUUUUCCCUAAGCUUCUAAAUGUAUUUAAAAACAAAAAAACAAAAAUUUGGAAUACUCAGCAGGUUAGGCAGCUGCAGAGAAACAAGAGUUAUAGUUUCAAGUCAAUAACCUUUCAGUAGAACUAGGUAAAGUUAGAAAUGAAAUAAAUGAAAUGGUUUCAUUUCAGAUUCUUCAAAAACAUAUGUGGCACUGUAAUCCAGUACAAUGAAUUACACCAGCACAGCUCCCCUACAGUCUUCCCCUUUUUUCUCAACUGUUGGCAGUGGUUUAGUGUCGAUACAAAUAAACAUUACAUAUGCACCAUUUCUUAAUCAGCUGGUUUCUUGAUGCACCAUCGUCCUGUGAGUGCCUCCUUGCCAAAGAAGAGAAAUAUUUUUAUUUUCUUUUGGUUGUUUAUGGAAUGCACAUGGAGUGGACCUUACGAAAAAUCUUGAAUGCAUUUUGUUGCCAAGGUUUGGACUAUGCUGAAAUUGAAUUGGUUAACUGAAUACAAGUUUUCACCAUAUGUUUAUUUGGUGGGGAAUCUACUUACAGCUUGUUUGGCAAUACACAACUAUGUAUAUAAUUGCUAUUGCACACCAAAAUGUGGCUUCAUGCAUGAAUUUUCUUAACAUCAUCCUAACUAUUUUUCCCCUACUGCAUUCUUCAAUGUACAGUAGUUAUACAGAGCUACAAAAUAAAUACUGUUCAUAAAUAAAAUAUUAAAUCAAGAAUUACAGAUCAAAGUGGCUGUCAGUUCAACAACGUUAAAGAUGAUGUUUGUUUACAUGUGCCUUUGUUACCCGCUGAACAAUUUGAAAUCUUCUAAACAAGCUAUUUAUCAAUUAAAAAGAACUAUUAUUUGAUUGUUGUCUCGAUGUUUACUUUCUAUAAGUGUUUAUUGGCAAGAUUUGUUACGUUUCCUUCUCUGAAUGGGACUUCAUACAUUGUACAACACUGGCUAGCUAUCCUUCGUACUUUGUCCAGGCAUACAUUCAUGUCUGAAGAAAGAUAAUUUAACAGUUGAAAUUAAGGCCAUCAUUUCUGGACCCUGUAGUUACUCUGAACAAUGACUUUUCCAACUGCUUCAGAGGAGCAGGAAUUUUGCUUGGACAAUUCUCUCCCUACCACUCUCCAAAGCCACUGAUUACUUGGAUACAGUUUCACAGGUAUUACUGAUGUAUUUGAUGCUGCCAGCACCUAAUGUACACAUUGCUGUAGCAUAAUACACAUUAGAACUGGGAAAGUGAAUCGUAGCUGAUUUCUCUUUCUUCCAUAGAACAGGUAUGCUGAGGCUAGUGCAGCAUUCCUUCUACAAUCGCAGCUGAAAUCGGUUCAUUCAGCACUGACUAGCUGCAUGCUGCAUUAGAGUUUCAUUGAACUAACUAAAGGAUGUUACUUACCAGACAUUCUCCUCACAGGAACUGGCUACAGUUGCAACAAAUUUCAAUCAUGAUCCACUUCAGAACAAUGCAAAAUAUUUAAACUUGAUUCUUCCACACUGCAGUGCUAUUAGUGCUUUUAUACUGCAUCACUGGACAGGCAGCAUAUGGUUCAGAUUACAAUCUGGUUGGGAAUUUACUGAAAUACUUGCAAUGCAGGGUAGAACUAAUUUGUUCCCAAACCAGCAUUGUGAUUACUCUUGCCCUUUGAUGCCAUUGUAGCAAAUAAAUCACUAUUCAAAUGUCUGCAGUAGGCAAAAAAAAUCAGCCACAGAGUGAAUAUAGCAGCUGUCAUGUAAAAUAGAGGACUGCCAGAAGUUCUUUCCUGAUCCCAAAUGUGUAUUGUUUAAUUGCCUGUGAGGACAAAGGUGAUUCUCUCUUACUUUAAAUGAGUUGAUUUAAAAAAAACUUUUCAUUACUUCUCCCUUCUUUUGCAAAAGGUGGCAGUUCAAACUGGUGUGUACUUCUGUGUGGAUCAGCAGCAAGUGUCACUGCUCUUUGAGGAGCUGAUAUCAAGUUUGAGACUUGAUAGAAAUAGCUACAAUAACUACAACACGAGACUCUGGACACUAAUCGGGUAGGAUCCAUAGCUUUCACGCAGUCUCUUUCCAACCCAACUAUUCUAGCUUGAGCUAGGUGCAAGGUUAUUAAAUAUGGAGCUUGCGUUUUCCACUCUGAAAUGAUUCAGAGUUUUAAAUUUUCCACCCAAGUUUCUCAAAAUUAAAACUCAUUCCCCAUUAAAGUGGGAAGCAAUGUCUGGGAUGUGUUUCCAAGCAUUGACUGCUUGAGUGUGUUUGUUAUGCUGUAUGAGAUUUGUUCUACACCUGUUUUGAUGUUUUGAAGUAGAGAAAACCCCUUUUAAUAUUUUGCCAAUGAAACAAAUGCAAUGGGACAAUAUUAGUACAUUUUGGAUUCUGUGAUUUCAGUGAACAAAAUCUGCAAAGUUGAUGUUUACAGGAGUAUCUUAUUGCCAUAGCUGUUUAUAUGAAAGAAGUUGCCUUUGUUAGACAUUGAUAUUUUAUUCAUCAAGCUGAUUUUGGCUUUUGGCUUGAGCUGACAUUGUGUGAGUUAUAUCUUAUUCUAUUUUGUUGAAUAUUGCAUGUAGUAAAACCUGAAUGGUGCUCGGGUAGCUGUAGGAUAAUGAAACACUUUUAAGCUAAAGUAGCAGUGAAAUGGAUUAAGAACUUGAAAUUCAGUGAGAUAACAAAGCAAUUAUAUGGAUGUAAAAUGUUGCUUUUCCAAUACUUCCUGUUCUUAUACUUCUUAACUGAAAAUACCUGCUUAACAUUUAAUAUGCCAACAUAACUGGUUUGUUUCUUUCAUAAAACAGCAAAUAUUGCUUUUAGCAUAAUGGGGGGUAGGGAAAGAUAUGUGUGACUUCCUGUGUUAGAAGAUUUGUGCUGAUUGCCUCGUGCCUACAAUGUAAUUUUUUAACCAAAACAUUUUGCCAAUCUGAUUCUUGAAAAGGUUGUUGGAAUCUGUUUAAAAAAUUGUUUAAUUAUACCAUACAAAACAUGUAUGUUACCCUAUGUUAUAGAUGUUUAUUUUCACCAAAGAUACACAAAUUGCAUA